UUCUGUCACAUCGUUACCAGGGGCUGUAGAUCUUCUUUGAACAACAACAUAAUAACAGACACUGAAGCGGAGAGCUCAGCUCCACCACAGUAUAACAUUAAGGUACCAUUGCUGAACUUUAUUUGUCAAUCUUGGUUAACUUAGACUGCACGGAAAUGGAGGGUUGCGCCAGAAGCUGCUGCAGAAAAACCCGAGGUUUCUUUAAAAGGAAAAGCAAUGUGUUAACCUUCUCAACCAUAGUCGCUGUUCUCCUGGGCGUUGGUUUGGGAACAAUUCUGAAGACAUACGCCCAUCUAUCGGACCUUGACCAAAGCUACCUAGCCUUUCCAGGAGAAAUACUCAUCCGAAUGCUUCACUUGGUUACCGUUCCUCUCAUUGUGUCAGGUGUGAUAAUAGAAAUCUGUACUCAGAGUGUUGGCACGUCAAGAAAAAUCUGUGUACGUGCAGCAGUAUACUUUGUCUCAACCACUCUUCUGUCUGUUACUACAGGAUUAAUAUUGGCAAUGUUGAUCAAGCCUGGGGUCAGUCAGAAUGCUGCAACACACCAUGAUGAUGAUGAUGAUGAUGAAACCUUCGACACAGUCGAUGCCUUGAUGGAUCUAGUAAGGAACAUGGUGCCAAAUAAUCUGAUUCGGGCUACCUAUCAACAGUACAAGACUCGGAAAGUGGAGGUUGAAAUUGAAGCAGAUUCGGACAAUUCUAACCUGGAAAUGAAAAGAACAGAAAUUCGUCUGGUGGGUAAAAACAUUGAAGGACUCAAUAGUUUGGGUCUGAUUGUCUGGUCUAUUAUUUUUGGACGGGGCCUCAGGAGGAUGGGAGAAAGAGGGAAACUUUUCGUGGAUAUCCUGAUCGCCCUCAACAAGGCCAUCAGACAUGUAGUCAAAAUGGUAAUAGGCUUCUUGCCUGUCGGAGUGCUGUUCAUGACUGCAAGCUAUGUUGUUGAGGUUGGGGAGAACUGGCAGACACUCUUAAAACUCGUAAAAUUCACGGCAGUGGUCAUUAGUGGGCUUGCCAUCCAUGGAGCAGUAGUUCUACCACUGAUCUAUCUCCUGUGUGUGAGACGAAACCCCUUUCCUUUCAUGAAGGGGAUUUUGCCUGCCUUACAGGACACCCUGUUCAUCUCGCGUAGGUAUGCGGCCCCGCAGACUGAAAAAUGUUGUGAGCAAGUAAACAUGAUUGACAGAAGAAUCACGCGCUUCAUGCUGCCGAUUGGGAUCAACGUCAACAUGGACGGAACAACCCUUUAUGAAGUGUCGGCGGCAGUUUUCAUCGCCCAACUCAAUACCAUCACUCUGAACUGGAGCUUGUUAGUUACACUUGGGAGCUGGCGAGUGAAAUGGAAAGGAUUUGAGGACAUCUACAGGCUGACUGUGGUGGUAGCAGUGUCCACUGUAGGAGAAGCCGGGAUCCCAGCGACAGGAACAGUCAUCACUCUCUUCAUUUUGACAGUCGUCGGGAUUCCUGCGAGGGACGCUUCCCUUUUGUUGGUCAUAGAAUCAUUGCUAGAUCGCUGCAACACUUCUGUCAGCUUAGUGAGCGACUGCAUUGGUGUGGCGGUUGUUGAGCAUCUGUCAAGAAAAGAACUGGAGCAAAUGGACGAGCAAGGACAGGACAUGGCGAGAUUGGACAUGGAGUUGACCCAAGUCCAGGUCCAUACCAGCAGCCAAGUCCUUCGACACAGCAGAAAGUCAACUGCUCCAAGAAAGCAGCUGAAGAUCAAGCACAUGUAGCUUCAGCUCAGCAUGAACAGGGCAGACCUGAGAGUGCCAAAAAUGUACUUUCUCUUUGAAUUGUUUGCUAUUACAUUUUCAAAAUUGUUUGCAUUUUAUACUGAAUGAACCUGUUUAAAAUUA